AAAUGCUAUUUUGAUUUUCCUUCCCGCCGGCUCUUGACGGUUUGCUUUUGGCACGUGCAAUUUUCAUUCGGUUUUCUUGAAAUAUAACUACGUACUACUAAAUACAGCUCAACACUGAUGCUGACGAUUGGGAAUUAUCAUUUCGAUCCUUAGGCAUUCAGCAUCUGUUACAAUGUCACCUUCUCCGAUCCGCUGUCGCGGACCCUGGAAACUGCAUAAGCGCUCGUCGGAGCCUGACCGGUGGCUCGAUGAGAUGGGUUUCUUCCGAAAGCACACAGCUAGGGACUCGAGCUGCCUUUUCAGGGCCGUGUCUGAGAAUGUCUACAAUACUCAAAGAUACUUCCACAAAGUCCGCCUAGAUUGCGUGCAGUUCAUGGCUGUCAAGCGACAUCUCUUCGAAGGGUCAUUGACUUGUCCGUUCGAAAACUAUCUCAAAGAGAUGUCAAACCCUUCUGAAUGGGGUGGGCUCAUUGAAAUAUCAGCUAUGAGCCACUUGUAUAGACGAGACUUUGUAAUUUUCGAGGCUAACAAAGGUCCUCAAACCAAAAUAUGCAAUGGGUACGGAGACACAAUUUACUUAUUCUACUCCCCUGAAACAAAGCAUUUUGAUGUGGUGUACACUAAAGAUUUCAUUAACUCAUCAUCAUUUUGCCAAUCCCUGGUCUAUGAGAUCCUCUAUGAUGGGGUGUAUCAGCUCAAAGACUUGUCUUAUGCCGUUGAUAAAAUGCUUCAUGACAAAGUUCCAACAAAUCACAUUGAGUACUUCAUGUCUGAGAAUGUGGAGCGACGCAAGAAGCAGAAGGAGAGGGCUAAGAUCUUCAUUGAAGCAACAAAUGAUGAUGACAAGGAUAAGAACAACAACAAUGCGGUGGCUCUCAAAUGCAAGCAUCACACGCAAGAUCUAGAGCGAGCCAGCCUUCUGAAGGAAUCUCUGAGCAUCUUCGUGUUCAACCGCAGUCUCAUUCAGCUGGAGAAUGUCUGCAUGAACUGUCUGAAUGUGAACAGCGCUAAGGACUUGCUAGAUAAUGGCAUCACUCCAUUCCCCUACAAAGUUGCUAAAGCUUUGGACCCGGAUAUCUACCGGAACAUUGAAUUUGACGUGUGGAGCGAGCUGCGUCGAGAGAUGCGCUAUGGUGCUAGGUACUCUGACGGAACGACGUUGCAAGUAGGCGUGAAGUGUUUGUGUAAACUGCAACCGGAUCAGACAGCAGCUUACCACUGCCAUAUCCAGGAGAUGCGCCCCGAAGGAGGGCCAUGCCUGGUGUUCAUUGAGGAGUUGGGAGAGAAGCGUGUGGUCAACUACGAGCAGUUGGAACCACUGCCUAUUGAAGAAAUCCGUCCAUGGGCCCCUCCGUACCGAUACUCCCGAGCCAACUCUCAGUUUCUGACCCUUAGCCAAAUGUUGCAACAGAUAGGCAACAUCACGCGUAAGCAAGGUCUGAACAAGGCUCGUAAUAAGACCAAAACUGUCAACGAAGACUCAAAGACUCCAGAAAAGACAUCUCAAAAGCAGGCUGCAAAGAUAGCCUGGAAGGAAAAGACCACUGAGCCUGAAAUAACCCAAAACCAGUACAUGAGCCAAGGGAACAUUAACUUCUCUACAUACCAACACUUGGAUUUGAUUAACUUUGAUCCAAUGCCUGUUAGUUACUAUUGUCUGGUAGAUGUACUUGUAGGAAGGUUUCUAAGUUCAUUUGUAAGCAUUUCACUUGCAGUUAUAUUAAACUUGUUUAUUUUUAAUUUGAAUAUGUUAAUUUUUUAUGAUUUGGUUGAAGUUCAAGCACUGCCCCUGAUGGUGGACUGUCGGCCGGCGGCGGGCGCCCCAGGUGCUCCGCCUCACGACCUCGCGCACGCCGCGCCCAACGGUGGCGCGCAGGUCGACAACCACCAUAACCAGUCGGGCGCUACUGGCGACAUGAGCGGGCACGUGCUGACCCCGCCGGCCGCGCGCGCCUCCACGCCCGCCGCCUCCACUGCACUCUCCACUUAUACCGGAGGCAUGGCAAUGAACGCGGGCGGGUUCCCCGCGGCCGCGGGCCCGACGGCGCCGGGUGGCGCGGGCUGCGCGCCGUACGUGUGCGGCAUGAAGUCCGUGCUGUGGGUGGCGCCCGCCUCGCCGCCGCCGCACGCCGCGCACGCGCCGCCGCCGCCGCCGCCGCCCGCCGCCGUCAACCCGCACGUCUUCAAGAGCGUGCAGGCCAACGGCGCCGACCUGCCCAUGAAUGACAUUCCGACGCUGCGCUACUACUUCAACCUGGGCGUGGAGUGCAUGUGGGCCGCGUACGGCCCCCCGCCGCCGCACCAGCCGCCGCGACAUUAUUCCCCGAGAGACGUCACUCAGGAUAUGCAGCAGAUGUCCCUACAAGACCGCGGCGUGAACCACAGCGGCGACAACCACAACAAGCACAAGCCGCCCCCGGAGAAUAAACCAGCCCUCAACCAAAACAAGGGCAACGGACAGCGGCCGCUGCUCGGACCGAGAUUCAAGCGUGGCAACAACCAAGAUGGCAACCAGAACUCCAAUCACAACCAGAAUAAGGGCCACAAUAACAACAUGGGCAACAAGGGUCCCAAUAAUAGGCGCAACUCGCACGGCGAGCCCCGCGCGGCGCCGCCCCACUACGGCGCGGGCGAGGAGUGCGUGCUGGAGCCGCCGCUGCUGACGCUGCCCUACAUCCCCUACCCGCCACCCAUCUACCCCAUACCCUACUACCCCGUCGAGUCCGACCCCGCGAUGAUGGGCAUGAUGGGCGGCAUGGGCUACGUGGGCUACGACGACGGCGUGGAGUACGGCGCGCUGCCCUACUACCCCGCGCCCGCGCCGCACUACCCGCCGCCGCCGCACCACCCCCACCCCCACCAGCCGCACCACCCGCACCACCCGCAGCACCCCCAGCACCCUCAGCACCCCCAGCACCAGCACCACCCCGAACACAAGUAAACCACCACACCUUGCUAGAAUACCAAGCCGUUGAACCGCUACGAUUUAUUUACUUAAGUAUAUCAGAAUAACAACAAGGCGCAUUAUAGAUAUAACACAUUGACCUCGUAUAUAAACAAAUAGACUACCAAUCUCUAAAAAAGCGUCGCAUCUUGUCACUAAGCGACGCGACGGCGUGUCAAGAUCGAAUUUAUUCGCAAUGGCCGUAAUGACGACGCUGCCGAUAUUGCUCUUUAUUUUAACAACCGUAACUUUUUAACAAUCUUAAUUUGAGGAAACAAACUUAUGCUAUCUACAUAACUUAAAGUAUACAUAUUUACAUCACGGUUCAGACACUUUAAAAAAAAAAACCUUAGCGAUUGUGUGUCUAUUUGCUUAUAGUAUGUCAGUGGUAUAACAGUGUCGAUUCUAGCAGACAAAAUUAAAUUCAUUCUAAAAUUUCUAUCUCUUUCUUGGACUUAUAGUAAAAGAAAGAUGGUACUACUUUAGCUAUUUUUGUCUGCCAGAAUCCCAAUUGUUUAACUAUAGUGUUUAGAAAUCUAGAACAUAGGAGGUUAAAAUUAAAUUUUUCUUAAAACAAAUUAACAAGAUAUCUCGCUGUUAUGGAAUUAUUUUAAGCGAUUUAUCUAUUUCAUUUGUACAAGUUAUAAUUUCUGGUUCUUGUUAAAAAGUUGAUAUUAAAACCAGCGCCUGCGCGGAUUGUUAUCUGCGUAGACGCGGCAAAAAGACCCGGCUAAUAGACGCAAUGUAUAUUGUCUACAUAAAAAAAUAGAAGCUUGCAGCAUUUGUCGCGUCUAUGUAGAUAGUGAGAGCUAUAUAUACCGCAAGUGCUAUUUUUUUUAUAAAGAAAAUUUUAACACGUUUAUGUUGUCUAUCUAUGUAUUCGAUUAUCGUAGCGAUUCAAUAGCGUACAUUUUUAACAUUCUCCUUUGUCUACGCCGUUUUGUUAAGUGUUUAGAAUCUCCUCGAAUUAAUUAAAACUCCUUUUAGUCAUUUUUUUAAGUUCCAAAGUCUAUUAUAAUAGUUAUACAAUAAAUGCAUGUUGAAAAAGAAUCUGAUAAUCGAAUCUAAUGUAGACAUUGGAGAAGGAAAGGUACACCGAUUAGAUUUCUGCUGUCUAUUGGCCAUAAAUUACUUUAGGUAACAUACCUCGUUUACGACUUAGCGUCAAACGCUAUAAACUUCUUAUUUUUCAGUUUCCUUGACAAAAUAAUAUGCUAAAUAACUUUGAAAGUAAUAUAGCCAGCUAAAUCACCGGUGUAUCUUUAUGUGGUGUUGCCAAAAUAAACCAUACAAAAUUAAAAAUUAUACUUGAGGUAGCUGCACAACGUGCCAUAUAAGCCGAAGCCAACAAUUUUGUAUGGCGACAUCCAAACGUGAUAAAUUCCAAACAACGAUUACGCUCAUCGAAAAGGUAUACGAUUUAUCAAUAACUUCACAUUGACACGAAAAACGUGUUCGGUUGACAGUGCUGGCGGGUUCCGCCGAGUCAGUGUGAUUUUAUUUACUAUGCUGUGUGUAGCCAGUAACCUAACAUAUCGGAAAAGGAAUUCAUGUCAAUUAUCAGGCGUUAAGUAAUAAAGCUGUGUUAAUUUGUUAAAAACAUACUGUUAAAAAACUAUUUUCAUUGUGAUAUUAUUACAAGUACUUUAAACUUUUGAAUCGUCUUAAAUAAUUAUUAGUUUCGUAAAUAUUUCGCCAGAUCUACACACAGCAUAGCGCGAUUUGGAGAAGUUGAUAUUCAAAAAAAAAACGAAAAAGUCCGACAAUGUUUAUUGAUGUUGUCGUGAAAUUGUAAAUUUGUGUUGUAAUCUGUACUUAAAGCGUGAGGGAAGUUUUGUAAGCAUUUCAAUGCACGAGAGAAUUGACCAGGAAGGGACAGAUUGAGACCUUGAACAUAGUCCGGAAUUUUAUCUGAACACACUAAUGUCGACUGCUGACAAUGAAUGCACUGUAGCGUCGAUCGCAAGUCUUCUUAGUCAUACAAUAAGGACUAUCCUGAAUGAAGCCUAAAGUUCAUUAACUUCCAUUGAAAUGAUCCAUAUACAAAGUCCACUUUUAGUCGAAACGAGAACAAUUAAUUAAGUCAUUUUGAAAGCGGGCCUUUCUCGCGUUGACUGAGCAAAUUUACACCCUAAUUAGCGUUGAUAUUAUUUUCAAAAUUGUAUCCCUAAGUGUUCAUUGGUGCUGCGAAAUUGUGGAAGGUCGACAGGGUUCAAUAUUUUUGUAUGGAUUGGCAUUAUACACGAGUAGUGUUAGGCGCUGUAUAUCAUUCCUUAACGUUAGGCGAAACUGUAAAUUGUAAGCCAAUGUAAAAAUAAUGUAGAUUGUACGUCGCAAAUUUAAGUUACACUAUAGUUUACCACGUGGCUCUUACUACAGCACUUGUGUACUAACCACUUCUCUGUAAGCCUGUAUAACGUAAUUUAUGUUCAAUACACACUCGAUUGAAUUUACAGUCUUGUAGUCGAUCGUCAUAAUCCUUAUUUUAAGUAUAAAAUAGAAGGGAAGUUCAAAUGUAAGAUUAAAAUGGACACGUAACCGUCUUUGAUUUAUUGUAAGUUGAAUUACAGAUUAUACUAGUAUUGUGACACAAGUACUGUAGUUCGCGCACUUAUGUUCGGUUUAUGUUAGUUUAGUUAGAAAUAAGUCAGUACGUUUCAGACGCCUGGACGGGCCACAGUAGGUACAGAUCUCAUUGUUAACACCAGAAUAACCUUGAAUCUCGCGGAAACCAACUAAAAGUAUUAUGUAACACGAAAGUAUCCUACUUUGAUCUCAAAACUGCUAAUCAAACUUGGUGCUGGGGUAAACGUAUUUUUGUAUUAAUAUUUUUUUAAAUACUACCUGUAAGGAGCUGCGCAAAGUAAGACAUAACCCUAGUUAAAGCUUUAUUACAUCAUCUCUGUGCUAGAAAUGUAACAGAUAGGGUCUGUUAAUUCCAAAUGCGAGUUCUUUACACACUAAAAACCUUUGAAGUAUGCAUUGAACGGAGAUAGAGUGGGAACAAGGUAACUCAGUAUUUAAUGACAGUACGCCUAGUCCGCGCAUUUACUAUCGUAAGUCAUACAUUUAUUUGAAGAAAGCAUUUAUAGAACAAACGUCGUUCGCGACCUACGCGCAAUACGAAGGUGAAGAUUUUAAGUCGACAGAAAGUUGGCGAAUGAAUGUAAAGCCCUAUAUGGAUAUUCCAUAACCAUUAUUUUACACAUUUCAUGUAAGUAACUCCUUAGUUGUAUUGGACUCGAAAUUAUUAUAUAUUGGCUGUGAUUCGGAUAAUCUCGGGAAAAGGAUAGGGAUGGGGUAGAGUAAGAAAUUGGUAAUUUAGGUACACGCACGAACUCUCGCCGUCCGGAACAUCGGACUGCUAGGAUGUUAAGAUCUGCACAACACUUGACAUAGACGAUUAGAACGAGUAAAUGGUAGUCGUAGAUUCAUCGUUGUUUAAUAAGUGUCGUGGAACAAUGUGUAACUAAAUGUGGUAUUUUAAAUAUAUGUACGGUGUCGAUUGAUGCACACCAACGAUGAAACAAGAGGACAGCUGUCCCCGUUGGUGUGGUCAACCACACCUCAGCUUAUAGUAGUCCCCCCACUCUGUAGCCUCCGACGUCGAACUAUCAAUCCGCCCAUGUUUUUGAUCCAUACUUUACGAAUCCUCAAAUAAGACGUAUAUAUUUAAGUAUAUAUAAAAAACAUAAUACGUAACGAAAUCUUCAUUGUUUGUACAGACGUUGUUUAAAAAACAUUUGAAAAAAUACUAAAAAAAUAGGUGUUGUCUUCAAUAUGUGUGAUGUUUAAUGUAAAGUCAUCUUUGGUGUUUCAGUAUUAGUUUUAAAAUCAGUAGGGGUUAGAUUUUAUGUUAGUCGUUAAUUAAUGUUUACGUAACAAUAGUUUAGUGUUAAUUUUUUUUAAGUAUACCGAAAAAAGGUUUUUGUACGUGAAGCCCCGCGUAGAAGGCGGCAUUUUGUUUCCACUAACGUUUAUGUGCCAAUGAGUUUUGAAAAAUGUAGCAAAAUUGGCAGAAAGGCAGACUAAUUGUACCACAACUGCCAAAGAACAAAAUUGUUGUAGUCAUAUCAGUCCACAAGUACUCGACGAUAAUAAUUGUGUUGUGAAUAUACUGUAUGCAUAGAUGUACGCUGACUAUUAUGUGGAUGUACUGUACACAGCUCAAAGAUAGCCUGAUGUCCGCCUUUGACAUAUUAUAUGUAUUUUUUUCCAAAUUCCAUUAAAUAAAAGUCAACUGAUUUUUCAA